AUGAGACAGGUCAUUGGCGAGCAGUCGCCAUUUGUUUGGGGGAGCCACAUGGAACAUCUAACCGGGUAUGGAGCCGGCGUUAAUUGCAAGGAAUAUGUCAGUGCAGUGAAUGGCGGGAGUGGGAAAUUCUCGAAGGAUAUCGGUAUGCAGGCGAAGUGUUUGAGAACGUCUUGGACGAACAGGAGUUAG